CAACAACUAGUGUUCACCAUGUAUGAAUCCUACCGUCCUCAUCCCCUCCUCGCCCAGGUCCCCUUGACCGUCUCCCCAUUCAUUAACCUCCCCACCUCCGUCACCCUCCCCUAUACCUACAAAUCCGUUCCCUCCACCCUACCUCCCUCCGUCACGGUAGAUCCCAACAACCCAGAUGCCACCCCCCGCUACAUCAUCUCCUCCAGCGGCGAGCACGCCGCGUCUCCCGAGGAGAUCCUAGCCUCAUGCCAAUCCCUCAAGCAACACCUGAACAAGAUGCGCUCCGACGCCGACCAGGCCAUCCGUGCGUGGGAAGAAUCCAUCACCCAGCGGGAGCUGGCGGAGAAGCGUCGUCUGGCGCCUGGUUGGCUGGACCGGGAGGAAAAGCUGCUUCGACCGACGAAUGCGCCCACCGGGCCCUCGUCGCAAUCGCAUCCCGACCAGCCUAGUCUGCUCGAUAGUAGCGACGUGGCUGACUCUGGGGCCUCCCGUUUGCCGUCGAUGAAGCCACGUGAUGAGGGGGAGGAGCUGGAUCGGGCGUUUGGGGGUUUGGGUCUGAAAUCGGGUGGUGGAUGAUUCCAUCUGGAGGACAGUACUACUGUCCGAUAAGAGCAUCUGUUCUCUUUCCGGGAAACGGCCGUGGAAUUGUGUUACCGCAAGAUCAUAUGCCGUCUGCACGAGCCAUCUCUUGCGGGAUUCCCAUCGCUACGGUGGAGUCUCUACCUUCGUGCGUGGCUGAACAUGCGAGGCUAGAUUCUCUCUUGCUUGCAAAAACCAAUGGUCUGACAUCGAUGGGCCGGCUGUUUGAACCAUCACGCUACGCCUCUUUCGCCACUUCGAACACUGAGCCGGUGGCGUCCAAGAGCACGUCCUGCGGGGUCGAAUAGUACCGUUCGUACCCCCCAAUGGCUCGAAGCUCGACUAAGUCGACGACAUUCCUAUGGUCGCGAGUCUCUUCUAUCGCAAGCCCAUCUUGUAAAUGGGACAUGCUACGAACGUGGGCACAUCGAUCGCCCUCAAACUAUGCGAAGACUCCCAGCAGUAGCGGGGUCCGCGGGGUCGACAGAAUAGUCAACAUAGAAACUUAAUGGAUAUGAAAAUACCAA